AUGUUAUUUCUUUCAGGUGAUGCCCUAUUGCUCACCAUGGAUAUCAUCAUCGCUUCAUUCGACUCAAUAUCGGAAGUUAACAUGGAUUAUACGAUCACCAUGUACCUGCAUCAGUAUUGGACAGAUGAACGACUCUCAUGGAGUAGUGCGGUGCCGAUUGAUGAGAUGACUUUGAGUGGAGAAUUCUCUCACAAUAUCUGGGUACCGGACACAUUCCUAGCAAAUGACAAGCAGUCAUUCCUUCAUGAGGUCACAGAACGCAAUAAAAUGCUGCGAAUCAGUAGCGAUGGCAAGAUCGCUUACGGCAUGAGGCUCACGUCAACGCUUAGUUGCUCUAUGAACUUACGUAACUUCCCGUUGGACUCUCAAAACUGUACUGUAGAGAUUGAGUCAUAUGGUUAUACCACUUCGGAAGUGCUCAUGCUGUGGAACCAGCCGAAAGCUGUUCAUGGCGUGGAAGAUGCCGAUGUGCCCCAGUUCACUAUAACCGGCUUUCAAACUGAAGAUCGUGUGGUGAGGACGGCUACAGGGUCCUAUCAACGACUAUCGCUAGUAUUUCAACUGCAGCGCUCCGUCGGUUACUUCAUUUUUCAAACAUAUCUGCCUUGUGUUCUGAUCGUAAUGUUGUCAUGGGUCUCGUUCUGGAUCAAUCACGAGGCAACCAGUGCCCGUGUUGCUUUAGGCAUCACAACUGUGCUCACUAUGACCACAAUUUCUACCGGUGUUCGCCAGUCUUUGCCUCGAAUCAGUUAUGUGAAAAGUAUCGAUGUUUACUUGGUAAUGUGUUUUGUGUUCGUGUUUGCCGCUCUUCUCGAAUAUGCAGCUGUGAAUUACUCGUACUGGGGAAGAAGAUCUCGGGGAGGCGGCGAAGAGGGAUGGCCAGUAUGUAAUUCCAACAAAGACGAUCGUGAAAGCGCUGUCAACAUCAAGGAAUGGGAUGUACCGAGCAGUCUAAUGAACGAACUGAGGCAGCCUACCUCCGAUCCACGAACACGUGAAUUGAACUCAAGCAGCACAGCGGGUGACCUUUCUGGACCUCUUUCCUCGGCAGCAAAAAGGAAGCGACAAUCAAGCCCUAUUCCUUCCCUUUGUCCCUCUGGACCAAAUGAUAUUAACGAUGACGAUUCACCAGAGUACCCCAGAUAUGCCUCGACCAUUCAAGGGAUGAAAGCCAGGCCAUCUUUGUCGGCAAGAACGAGGCGACGGCUGCGAUCGACAAGAUUAAGAGCGCAAAGUGUGACGAUGUCGUUGCAUCGAAUGGGUUUACGAGCUCGAAAAGCGCUACCACGUAUUCGAGUGAGGGACGUUAACGUCAUCGACAAAUAUUCUCGUACCGUCUUUCCUGUUUGUUUCGUGAUUUUCAAUCUUUUCUACUGGGGUUACUACACCAUCAUUCAGCUAUGA